CCAGCAACAAUUACUGUCCAAUUUCGAAGAAGGAUUUCCCUUCAAGUCUUGUAUAAAUUUCCAAGGAAGAAAGUCUAUAUUUGAGAGGCACUCUCUCAAGGAUACAGAAAUGGCGUCACAACUUCUCCCUCUUGAAUUGAUUGACAAGUGCGUUGGUUCUCGGAUAUGGAUCAUCAUGAAGAAUGAUAAAGAAUUUUCUGGCACAUUACUGGGAUUUGAUGACUACGUCAAUAUGGUAUUGGAAGACGUGACCGAAUUCGACUACUCUGGAGCACAGAUUAAGCUCCCGAAGAUUUUGCUGAACGGGAACAAUAUUUGCAUGUUGAUCCCUGGUGGUGAAGGGCCGGUUGGUAGUUCUUGAUUCUAAAAGCCCAAGUUUUUCUCUUGCUGCG